AUGCGCCGUCGACUCGCCCUCGUCGUCCUCGUCCCGUUUCGCGAGGACGACACCCUCGCUCGUCGCUCCCAGCUCGAUCAUCUCAUCCAGCGCUUUCGCGACGUCGCGUUCGUGGACGAAUGCGCGCCCGCGCUCGUCGUCGUGGCCAAACAAACCUUUGACGGACGAAAGUUCAACCGAGGCCAGGCGUUGAACAUCGCGUACGCCGUCGCGCGCGAGCGGUUUUCGAGCGAGAUCGACGACGAGCGAACGCUCGUGGUGUGUCACGACUGCGACAUGGCGCCGCGGGCGUCGACGGCGGCGCUGUACUUUGAAAGACCGAGCGCGAGACCCGGGACGCGCGUGUUGGAGGCGAGCGGAUGUCGAUACGCCGCGGACGGCUGUUUCGGUGGCGUCACCGUGUACGACGUCGAGAGUUGGGUGGCCACGAACGGGUACCCGAACGGGUUCUGGGGGUGGGGUGGAGAGGAUCACGCGCAGUUCGCGAGGACGGUCGCGGCGGGCGUACGCGUCGAACGGGUGCCGAACGCGGCUUUCGACGAUUUGGAACAGGGCGUCGAAACGGUUGAACUCAAGCUCGCGCGCUUAGACGAAUCGAAUGCGCGGAUACGACAGAAAGAGAAGAACGAAUUGCUGCGGCUGGACGCGAAGAAUUGGAGGAACGACGGAUUGAACGCGCUUCGCUUCUCGGUCGUGAGCGAGGAGGUGACGGUGUCGACGCCCGCGCUCACGUGCGUUGAAAUCGACGUAGAGCUGCUGAGCGAGCGACCGGGAUACGCGGUGUGUCAUGCGUGUGAAAGAGAUCUCCCGGAGAGCGAUUACUCGUCGAACAGUCUUCGCAGGAUCAAGUGGAUGCGUGAGAGACAGCGAACGACGAUGCACGGAAAAUCGUGCGCCGACUGCACAAAGAAACUGCCAAACCAGGUCGCGGAGCGGCGAAACAUCGAAGCGAACGAGGCGAACCUCGAGGAGCGCUUGACGUGCAUGGAUUGCGCGACAAAGUUUGAAAGCAGAAACGCGCUGUUCAAGCAUCUCGCGGCGACGUCGUGCGGCGACGAGGAUUAG